GUAAGGAAAUAAAUUAAUUAUGUUAAUAACGUUUCACCGUAAUGAAUUUUAGUAUAAUUAGCAAAAUCUUGCAAAAGCGACUAUGAAACAUGUGUAAAUAUUUUUUCGUAACACAUUCUUGCUUUCUCUUAUUCACUUUUUUUAGCGUUUUUUUUUCAGAGAUUUUCAGUGCUAAUAACUCAACUUUUUAAAUCUUCAGUAUUAAUAGCUAUUUCUAUUUUCUAAAGCCGUUUCUAUUUUCUACAAAUUCGUAUUCGAUCGCGUGUAUCACGAGGAUACCUUGACUAGGCGAAAAUGUGAUUUGCAAGUGAAAGAAGACGUGCGUGUAUUUUACGGUCGUUUCGCGAAUACUUUGCGAGCACUCAUUGUUAAAAGUUUGGAUAAGAAAUAUUCGAGUUCGGACAUAAAUAUGUUUAGUGUUACGGGCACUCUAGCUUAUCUCUUCUGUUCAAUAGUAUUAAAUUACCGUGCAAACUAACAGUGUUGCUGCACAGAAUUAUUUUUACUUAGUAUCAAUGUUAAGUUCUUAAAAUAUUGAUUAAUUGAUAUUUGAACCUAUUUAUUCCUAUAACUUAAUAAUUAUUAGUUUUAUCCAACAAUUAAAAUUAUAACGUAGUUAGAACGGAACAUAAUGUUCCGGUAAAGCAACAGAAAUGUACGAAAUGCAAUUAUAAGAACGCGUUAAACAUUAGUUACACGCUACAUACUCGCUUUAUAUUAUACAUACAUACUGCAUACAAAAUUACGGAAAUUUUCCGGAUAUAACAAAUCGUCAGGCAGCCUUUUAAUAAAAAAAUCAGAUCUUUCUUAAUUAGUUGAUUUCCUUAAUAUCCAACACAUAAUAUUUCAAAUAAAGUUAUGAAAAAUAAAAUAGAAUUUUCUAAAUUCAAUAAACGAAUGUAUUUUCUUCGAUUACAACGCAUUGUAACGUUAAAAUCGAAGUGAAGAAGAACACCAGUUUUUUUUUUGUAUAAACAUUUAUUAGAGUUUUAUUAGUAUAUGUAAAUUUUUUUUUUAAUUCGUAAUGCUACUUUCCCAUAACAUUUGCAAAUAAGUACUUACAUAGUUUUACAUAAGAAUCAAAAGCAAAUAAAAAAUUAAGUAAUUUUUAAACUUAUAACAGGUUUAGGUUUAAAUUUUAUUCAAAAGUAGUAAUAAAAUAAUUUAUAAAAUUAAAAAACUUUUUGAGAAUAAGUUGAGACGUAACACAUACAUCCUUAAUUAUUAUUUACAUUAUCGCUCCUUAUUUCACCUUAUUGUUUAACUUCGAUUUAAGUAUUACACGAUAAAUUUCAUUCUAGUAAUUCGUUAAACGAGAAAAUUAGAAAUAUUACACAAUGUAUUUUGAAAACUAGAAAAGAGGAAGGAUCUGCCGGGGCCACGUGCACUGUUUCCGCGACUUCGCUCGCGUGAUAAUCGCGCAAUCGAGAGCUGGAUUAUAUUAACCUGGUUACGAGCCGUUGAUAUGAGGAAGGUAUUAGAGUGUGGAGAACGGAAUGGGACGCGACCGGAGAUCUUUUCCGUUGUAAGCAGAACGGAACCGAGCGUUAAUCCGCCUGUGCUAACGAUCUCUGAAAAUGUAUCUUUUGACGUAAGAACCGCCUUCAUCAAGAACCGCCAAUUUUUGAAGCUUAAAUUCGAUAAAGUCGCUAAUCUAAUAAAGAAAUAAAGUAAUAAAAGAUUCAUUUAAAGUGUCAUACUAUUCUAAGAUAUUAAAAAAUUACAGAGACAGAUGGAUGAAACGGGACGACAAAAACAGUCCUAAAGAGAUAUUUUUGUUUUGUAAAAUAAGAAACAAAAUAAAAUUUGAAAUAAUCUGUAGUCCAACAUAUUCUCUAAAUAAUAAAAAAAGAUGUUAUAUAGGGAAAUAUUUUUUUUAAGUCAACACGGUGCGGAUACGUCAUCAGAGUUAUGAUAGACAUGUGAAUUUCUCACAUUUGACAUUGUUAUAAAAUGAAAUGAUGCACGAAAUCGACAUUUAUGAUGGAUAGGUGAAGGAUUUAUGUCGCUUUCGAUCAAAUAAAUCUUAAAAAAUGCAAAUAUAUUUGUAUUAUUAUUAUUUAUACUGUGUGUAAGUUAUGUGUGUUAUAUAUAAAACAAAUUGAUAAAAUAUAACGUUUUUAGUCAAUAUUGCUUCUUUAACAAAUUAUUUUUUGUUCGCGACUUUUAAUAAAAAUCUCUUUAAACAAGUAAAAGUGUAUUUCAUGUUGCAUUAAUCUCGUUUUGAACGUGUUAUUUAGAUGUGUACAAUAACAUUUGUCGUAUACAAAUAUAGGCAACAAAUUCACACUCGUGUUGUUGCAUUCUGUUUAUGAAAUCAUGUGUAGAGACUGCGUUUAUUCACAAUAUGAUUUAUACAUACACAAUACCAUCAUCAAUAUACCAUUUUGUUUACACGAAAAUUUUGCGAUAUAUAAUCGGCGAUUGUUUGUCUUCUAGAGUUAUUGUCUCGAAAGAGAAACGGCAAUAAAUAAGAUCUCUUGAUCAUUCGAAGGGGCAAUUGGUAACCACAAUCGACGAUAACCGCAACAUCUCAGAUGGGAAUUCGGUGCCGCGCUAAUUGAUCGUUUCUUAAGCGACCACAGGCAACAUCCGACAAUUAAUACGCCUCCCUCCACGCAAAUAACGAGACGUUCAUAUGCAUCGCGAUGUGCAUCGUCUGACAGUAGGCUGGCACAUAGAUGGAAGAGGUAAGAAAUUUACCACCACCUAGCCGUCCGGCCUCCCUUCUUCCGACGAUCACACGGUGCGACGCGGUGGUAAAGUUUUCUGUGCCGCCACAGUCUACCAUAAGAUUCUGCUCAAUUAAUAAGUGGCGUGACCGUGGAAUCAACUGACAUUGCGAUCGUAAAUUUUUUUUUUUGUGAUAAUAACCCGAGGUUCUUCGAGCUUCUCUAAGCUUACGAAUCGAACCUGCCAUUAUUAUCUGGAGAUGUACAAUUGACGAGCGACGAGGGAAGUUCCCGAGGGUCUCUCUUCGCGGUGCCGACCAUGGGCGGUGUGCAGAGCGGGACUCAUAAUUUUGGCGAGGCGUUAUGGGUGCAGGAGCGACAGCGGCAGAAGUGCCAUCGAGAGGGCAGUCGUUACGACUCCCACUCGGCACAGUCAACGCAGGACCGCAGGAAGUUGCUGAAGCGUACAAGAAGUCUCGCAGUGAUAUCGGAGGACGAUUCUCGGCAGGAUCGAGAAGCGGCGCACUUUCGGCUAGGCCAAUCGACCUUCGAUUUGCCCAGAAGACACCAAUUGAUACCAAGGGCCAAACUGAUCGAUCGGAAUUCUCUCAAGGACAGACUCUACAAGAGUCAGCAACAUCUUUCAGACUCUUACGACAGAUUCAACGAGGCAAAAUCUUAUCAUUCACGAUCGACGUGCGGCCUUCAUUCGAUUCCGUCGGGUCUCGUGUCUCUUCCAGAUCCAUUGCCUUAUAAUCGACAAAAUCGCACCGAUCCUGACCGACUGAAUAUUCUCGACUGGCCGGAUCCUCCGAGGCGAUACCGCAGCGUACAAAAUUUGGAUACUGUAAGCGGAUUGGUCGACAUUGUCGAAGAUAACUGGCCCAUUGAAGGCAAUCGGAGCAUCGAUUGCAUUUAUACACAGGUGAAGCGCAAGCGCAAGGAACACAGGAGCUUAGACAGCGUUCUCUUCGAAGACGACGGGGAAUUGGAAUACUUCGACGUACUAAAUUUGCUGCCGCUCUCCAAUAUACGGCUGGAAUACAACGAGACCAACUCAUCAAGGGACGAUAAUUUCGCGUGUAAGAAGGUACACGGUUUGCGAGAUUUAAGAGUACUUGAAUUCAACGAGCCGAGCAGGGCGAGCGAGGUUUCGCCGACGAGGAGCAGUAACGCCACGGAUGAGGAGAAAUGUAAGGAGCACACGGUGAACGAGGAUAAUCCCGCUCGAGGCGACGACGAAUCUGGGAAAGAAGGUCACAAAGAUCUCAAUCCGUCCAAGGGAUCGGACUCGAGCCGACGAAAGCAUCGGGAAACCGACGAGAGUUCCGGGGCAGAUUCGGAGAUUAGCACGGCGAACCAAUUCGUGGAUCAGUACGUUCCCUCCUCCUCCUCCUCCUCCAAGGCCGAUCGCAGGGGAGCCAAUGUUGAGAAUUUUGUAACCUCUUGCGAGGAGGUGGGCCACAAGAUCGACGAGGUAAACGGCUACAAGUCGCUCUGGAUCUCGGUUAAUCAGGACCAAAACGAGAUGUCACGACGACCACAAGUUAUCAAAGUUGUCGAUAAUGACGUCACCAGGAGACGCCAUCGACGCUCCAUUGUGGAGAUCGACGCUGUCGUCGAGGACGUGCCAAAAGAUAAGAGAUCGCAGGAGAUUACGGAGGAAGCGAACGACCAUAUCGACGCCUCCGUAAUUAAAUCUAUUAAUAAUGUAAAUGAAGAGGUUCUUGGAAGAAAGGCGAAGGAAGCUACACCGGAAAAUGCGGAAAAUGGAGCGGUGAUAGAGGACGCGAGAAAUUUCUUCGAGCGGAAAAGUACCGAGAAGGAAGCAGCACGGAAUAAGCAAAACGAAGGCAGAUUCGAGAGGAUUGUAAAGGAAACAUCCAACAUCCUCGGCAAGGCGUGCAACGUCGUAAAGGGCAGUCUGGGUUUCGAGGCGAGGUCAGAAAGUUCUGAUCUCGGUCUCGGUUCCGAAUCCGGUAGCGAUUCCCGAAGAAGAUCGGUGGACGAUGGUAUCGAGGACGAUCGGCCGUCAAGAAACGUCGGAAGCACCAAUAAUUCAGCGACGCUGAGAACGGGCGACGGUAAAAAAUCACACACCAAUCUCACCAGGUCUAGAAGCUGCAUGGACUCGAUAGAGUGCCAAGACGACGGUCAAGAGUUCGAUCAUGUGCGUUACAAGAUCGUCAAGUCGCAUAUGUUCAGCAAGAACAUGUUCAGCACCGCCCGGGGCGACGUCACAUACGAUGGACUGAUGCAAUAUCUGCGCGAGUAUUCGUUCCAAGAAUUGCUAAUGGACAACAACGUUGUUAUCAUUGAGCCGGUUCGCGCCGAGCCGGUGGAGCGAAAAUCGUCGCCAUUGGCCAGGGUUGAACCUACGUGCAAAGUCGCCGGCACGAUCCAGAAGAAGACGGAGAAUUGCGAAAGAAAUGACGAGCGAUCCGAGAGCACCGGCGGCACCGCUAAAAGCUCCAGGCAGUCGUCCAUCAGAAAACACUUCUUCUAUCAACCUAUACGGGUGAACCGUGAGCUGAUUGACGAAGAGUUACCAGAUCCGGAUACCGUCAGAAACGUGAGACGCAUGUUCGAGAACACUCUCGAGAAAAAGAAAAGUAUAUCCGACACCGAGUUCUCCAGAGACGACAAGACAAGGAGGAGUGUCAGCAUGAAGGAUCUGACUAGCAUGGACGACAGUCGAUACGACGAAAUGUCCGACAAGACACGCGAAGAAUCCAGAUCCAGAUGUUCCAGCAGAGCGAAAGAUCUCACGAGACUCUUCGAGACCAAGUCCACGUCAUCGACCGUUUUUGUCGCCAAGGAGGAACUCGGAAGUCCGCGAUGUGAGUCGAAAACGAGAAUCCUCGCGCAAAGUUUCGAAGCUAGAAGCGGAAACACGUCACCAAGCGGUUCUAAUUGUUCAAAGAACAAGGUCGGCCGUUACCAUCAUCAUCAUCAUCAUCAUCAUCACCAUCACCAUCAAAAUUGGGAUUCCGGCAGUGUGAGUUCCGGGGUGUCCAGCGAUUAUCCCGACACUGAUCCUGGGAGUGGCGCCCAUUGUACGUCAUCCGAUGACGAGGACGUAAAUUGCAAUGAUGACGAUGCAGGCGCGAGUGGUCCGGGGCAUUAUGUGUCCCAAGACGUGUUGAGGAAGAUCCGUGAAUGCGGUACCUCCGUAACUUAUUACGGUGGGAAAGUGGUCAACAUGCAUAACGGGCCAUUGGUAUCGCCGUUGAUCGGCAAUGGGUUCAAACUAAUCGAUAAAUCAAACGAUUACGUGAAGUUCAAGUUGGUGAAGAGCAACUCUUGCGAUAGCAGACUGGAGUUGACCGGCAGACUCAUCGAAGGACAACCGUCGCGUCGCAAUCGCGACAAAUGUGGCGAUCUCAGACAAUGUACAAUCGCGGAGACACCCAGUAUCGAGAUUACGACGAUCGACAACAGGCAAAAGGAUGAGGCACAGAGGAACGAAGGUAACGAGGAAAUCACACAGGUGCAACGGGAGCCGCCAGUGGUAAUUGGUCUAGAACCAAAGAAGGAAGAUUCCAAGGAAUCAAGGAAAACCUUCAAAGCUGACUUUAAGCUGGGCGAUCUAGACGACUUGAAAUCCAAUUAUCCGAACAGAUUCAUGCCAAGUGCAUUGACGAGAUGGGAGGUGAACUCGAGCUGGAAGAUCGGUGAUGAUUUCGGCAAAAUGGAAUUUGAGGAAUUCGAGGUGCUCGAGGAUAGUCUCAAUGGGACUAACGGGCAAAACUAAUACACGCAAGCAUCCUAAAUGGGAAAUCUUUUGUAUGAUAUAUAAUUCUUUAAUGCGAUUGAGACGGACGAGAAUAGAAGAUAACGUUAUUAUUUUUAAUGACGUUACGUGAAGAUAAAAUUUCUUGAUGCUACUGAAAAUAAUCUUUCUUUUUUUUUUUUUGUGAAAAAGAAAACGGUAUUCAGUUUACGGAAAGAUAACUUUCAAUCGAAUAAACAUUGCUGAAAAUAGAAUAAGAAUUUUUUAAAGAUAUGUUUCCGCCAACAAAUAACGAAAAUGUCGCAAGAGAAUAUGUUGAUAGUCAAAAUAAUUUAUUGGGUACGUAAGUGCUAUCAAUCAAUUAGUUUAUUAUUCCAAGUGGAUAAGUCCACACGAGUCAUAUUAGAGCAGGUAAUAAAUUUUAAUAUGUAUUACAACAUAAUACAUUAAAGAUUCAAUGUAUUAUUGCAUACAAUAGUAUUGCACAAAGCACGAAUGAUCGAUGUAAUUUGAAUGUACUAAAUGUAUAAUAAAUAAUAAUAUGUGACAAUC